UGUAUUGUCUUGAUUUUUGUUUCUCGUUUCUCGUGAUUGGCAUGAGGGUGUAAUUGAGAGGCUUUGCCUGCCCGCAUCCCACGGCCCGUCUUGGAUCUGAUUUUUGAGCCAUAUGUGUGCUGUGUCUUUGUCACUGAGGAAACAAAUACGAGGAACAAGUAAAUCAGCUAUUUAGGUGACAAUCAGUCGACUCGUACAUAUCGCCUGGAACGACUUUGCGUGCGGGAGUCAAGCAACUCAUACGGAAUAGGGACCACGAGACGAAAGAAAUCAAAGGUCAAAAAAUCAAACAUCAGAAUCGGGAUCCCAAAAUGUCACAUACACGAACCGUGAGUCAAUCGACACUGGACCUCAUCGACACGGCCGUCAUCACGGGCGGCGCCGGUGGGAUCGGUCGGGCCAUGGCGGAACGGCUGCUCCGGCACGGCAAGGGCGUCAUCAUCGUCGGCCGCACCGAGUCCAAACUCGAGAGGACGGCGUCGGAGAUCGGUGCGACGGCGUACUACGUGCUCGACACGGGCAACUCGGACGCGGUCGUGGACAUUUCGGAGCGCAUCCUCGCGGCGCACCCCGAGGUCAAUUGUUUGGUGAACAACGCGGGCGUGCAGCGGCCGUUCCAGUUCCCCGGGGUCGGGGAGGACGGCGCGCAGGAGUACGGGUUCGACCUGGAAAAGGCCGACCAGGAGAUCGACACCAACAUCCGCGGGGUGAUGCACCUGACGCUGAGGUUCCUGCCUCACCUGCUGGACCGGCGGGACGGCGGGGUCAUCAUGAACGUGUCGAGCGUGCUGGGUUUCCUGCCCAGCAGCGUCAUCAACCCGGUGUACAACGGGACCAAGGCGUGGGUCCACUUCUUCACCAUGAACCUGAGGACGCAGUACCGGGGCAGCCGGAGGGGGAGGUGGUUGAGGGUCGUGGAGAUCGCCCCGCCGACGGUGACGACCGACCUGCACCGCGAACGAACCGACCCCGGGGACAACACCAGGGCCAAGAACAAGAGGGCCAUGAGCGUGGACGAGUUCAUGGACGAGGUGGAAACCGGCUGGAGGGAGGGCAGGGAGAUGAUCGCGCCCGGCCCGGCGGGCGACGUGGUCCAGGCGUGGGUGGACGCGUACGGGGAGAGGUAUGAGAUGGCCACCGCCGGCAGGAAGUGAGAGAGGCAGGAUAUAGCUAUGUUUGAUUACCUACCUUUAAGGUAACUCUGUGAGGUUAUGUUUGUGUGUGUUUGUGUGUGUAUGUGUGUGAUGUGGUAUAUGGUGUGAGUCAGUGAAAUGAUUGGAUAUUAAAAGGGAGGAAAAUGUCUUUGAUGGAGGUUACGAUACAGAGUAUUGAUAUCUGGAUUAUUACAAAGGAAGUAAAGGUUCUCUCUCUCUCUCUCUCUCUCUACACACUUUUAUAAGGUUGUGAGUGGUAAUGGAAUCUUUGAUUAGCUCAUGACUCGAGAAGAGGUUGUCGUCUAGAUGUACAACUACGAGUAACAGAACCCGACGACGAUUGAAAUUAAUAAAAUCAUGUCUAAAAGGAGAUGAAUAGAUUGAUAACC